CGAUGAAGCAAUUCGACCGAAGGAGGAAACUACAGUAACGGAGAGUAGUGCAGCAAAGGAAGAGUCAAGAAGGACACAUCCGCCGAGUGGGAAGAAUCAGAAGUGCAACGCGGCAGAAUCAACCUCAUGCUCUACCGGGGCCUACAUACACAUGAGUGCGACUCAAGACAACAUUCUCAGUGUUCAGCCGGAUACAACCACAAAGCAGCAAAAAGACUUCGCCACGCUUCCAUAUCAGGAUAUCAAAACAACAAGCGAAAGAUACAAGAACAUUCGACAAAAAGCUGCUGUGGUGCAAGUUGCACUAAGAGAUAAAAUUGCUGAAGGAUGUCCGCCCCCAGCGCGUAGUGCCACUGCCAACCUGUACAUCACUGGAGAACAUGGGCAAUGGCUUGCGUUUGGAGAAGAGUACACGUUGACCUUGCUGCACCGUGCCAAAAAUGGAGUGAGUAACUUUCUUUACCAGUUCCGCUGCGAGCGCCGAGCAGCCAAGCGCUGCUGCACAUGCCAUGGCGUUCCCCCAUGGGAAAUUUCUCUGAUCAGAAGCAAGAUGCACACAUUGGAAAGGUCCGCUUCGCACUUCGAGAGCCUGAUCAUGAACAAGGAGGCGCUGGCGCUGCUGCAGUACAAACCGCAGGCCGUUGCGUACAGUCCAGAUGUGGAGACCUUCAGGGGCC